CCCCAGGCCCCCAAAAAGUUGAAGAAGGGGGACGCCGCGAAGGAUGACCCCCCGGUGGUGAUUGUGGAUGACCCUCUGGAGAUGCCGAUGGCGCAGGUGCCGAGGGGUGUCCGGGAGCCAUCUCUCGAGGUCCUCACGCUCUCCCUUCCGGCUGGCACGGCCGUGUUGAAUGGCACGGCUGACCCGAGGGCGCUCCUGAGAGGUAUAACCCUCGAUAUCGACAGGGCAGCUCUCGGGGCCGAUGAUGAUCAAGCCCUUGAAGACAGGAUCCUCCGGUCUUCCCUCACGACUUGCGUUGCCCUCGGGGAGCAGUUCCGACGGCUGGAGGAAUGGCGCCUCCACAAAGCUGGGCAAGAUGCCAAGAUGAAGGAGCUGAUCCUCAGGGACUCCCAGGCCACGAAGCUGAUGGCCCAGCUUGAAGAGGACCUCCGGCUUGCGAGGGCGGAGGCCGGGAGGCUCAGGGAGGAGAAGGCAGAAGCUGAGGCGGCCGCUGCGGAGGCCGCAAGGAGAGCAGCCGAGGAGGCCGAGGCCAUCAAGGCGAAGGCUGUCGCCACAGCCCGGGAGGAGGCCAUCUCCGGGUUCCUGGACGGGGGGUGGAAGACCGAGGGGCACAAGGCAUGGCUGUCCUCGGUUGUGGAGGCCUCGGUUGAUGAGUGGUCCGAGGGCCCGGGCGAGGAGUGGAUGGCCCGGAAGGGUAAGCAGUACUAUGAUGGGGG